AUGGCAUUCGUUUCAGGACCUUUAUUUCCGAUUUACGGAUAUAAAAAUGUCAAAAAUGUCAUGCUGGCGCAACCUCGACAAUCAGACGGUCCGAUGGUCGUGGCUGCUCUUAACGAUCCUCGUGUGUAUAUGAAUCUCAACGGACCACCCUACCCAUAUACGGAGAAGGAUUGGGAAGAGUGGUAUCUCUUCGUCUCACACGCAGCACGUGAGUGUUCGAAAGAAUACCAAGUCAUCGAUGAGGAGUUGGGGGACCAGGGGAGAGAUCCCAAGGAAAGAGAGUGUCAGCGGAAAAGAUUGAUAAUGCAAAGCAUGUGGCCUUUGACUAUUAGAAUAGAACCUGAACUAUUACGAGAUAGAUUGAGAAGUGAAUCAGCAUUCAUCGGCACAAUCACCCCCCAAAGGAGCAUAUUUCUCUACAUUUUGGACGAGGAUGAACGUCAAAGGCGGAAACAGGAGAAUGACGGACUUGCUGCUGGAGAUCCCAAGAUCAUCUGGGAAGUUGGAUUCUAUCUGAUCCCCGACUAUCACGGGCGCGGAAUCAUGCCUGCAGUGCUCCGAACAGUCAUCAAGGAUGUACUUAUUCAGUACAUGAACGCCCACAUUGUGGAAGCGACGUAUUUCGAACACAACUCGUCCAGCAAGAGAGUCCUUGAAAAGUGCGGCUUCCGAUUCGUGCAACUUGUGCCAGAUGCCAUCGCGUUGCCGCCCACAAAGACCAAUGGCGUAACAGGGAGAAAAGUUGGUUUGGGUGUUAUGAGAUGGCAGGGGGCAUGA